AUGGCGUUGAAGGCUGGCGACAAGAUCCCCACUGAUGUGAGCUUCCUCACCCUCGUGGACGACGCACCCACCCCGCUCGGUUUCGACGACAUCUUUGCCAACAAGAAGGUGGCCUUCUUCGCCGUGCCCGGCGCGUUCACGCCCGGCUGCUCGAAGACCCACUGCCCGUCGUUCGUCCUGGGCGCGGCCCGGCUCAAGCAGAAGGGCAUCGACGCCGUCUACUGCACGGCCGUGAACGGUAUUUCCCUCUUUCCCACCUUCCCGCUACGCUACGCGCUCGUCUCGUCGCAAUGCUUCGUUCGGUGGCGCUCACACCGCGUCUCGUGGGAUUUGGCACACAUGUCAGACGCGUUCGUCCUGGACGCCUGGGCCGAAUCGCAGGGCGCCAAGGGCAAGAUCACCUUCCUUGCUGAUGGCAACGGCGACUUUGCCCGCAAGAUCGGCCUGACCAAGGAGACCGGUGCUUUCGGCGGCACCAGGAGCGCUCGCUAUGCGCUGAUCGCCACCAACGGCGUGGUGGACUACAUCGCCGUGGACGAGCAGGGCGUCGACAAGACCACCGCCGACUCGCUCCUCGCCAACCUCUAA